CAAUCCUUUUCUUUAUUGAAUCCAUUUCUUUCUUCUUUCAUUUUCUUUUUAAUAAGAUACAUCAAUAAUAUUGAAGACAAAUGGCUUUGGUUGCGCUACCUUCAGAACCAAACCCCAAAAUAACCACAAAAGCAGCCCCCUUUCCUUCUUUCUUGGAUGACGAAGAUGAUGAUGAAAGCUUUGAGCUAAAGAUUGAUAAAAGCAUACCAUGCACCAGAACCCACAAAAGUAAAGCAGCAGCAGAUGGAGAAAUAGAUGUUUUUUCUGCAGACAAGUAUUUCAACGAAGCUUUUGACCAGCAAGAACAUCAUCCUCGGAUUUCUCGAAAAGGGGCAACUCCACAAUCUUACCAUCAUCAUCACCAUACAUUGAUGAAUCCGUUAAAAAGCCAGCCAAGAACCUCGAGUGUCCGGUCUGAAUCUAGCUGGAACAGCAGAAGCCAUCUUUUAGUGCAGAAAACCCCAAGAACCCAUCAUCUUCAUCAUCAUCAGCCACCUGCAAACUCCAUGAAACACCGAGGAAAGAGUUUCUUGGCUACCAUUGGCAGAAACUAUUGUUCUUGUAACGGCAAGAACUCUACACAGAUUGAUGACAUUAGCAGUAAUAGUCGUACCGGUGCUGAAAACCCACCACUCAGAAGCAGAGGAAGCUGCAAAGGAGACAACUUUAAUCAUAUACAGAUCAAGAAUUCCCCUGUUCUCAAUAACCCAGAGCAGAAAAACCAGCUGCAGGACCAGAAAUGCUUGAAUGUUCUUGACGGAAGAAUGGCGAGUAGCUGGGAAGUGAUUGAUGAUCAUUACGACGACACUGGGAGCGAAUCGAGCUCUGAUUUGUUCGAGAUAGAGAGCUUCCCUGGCGGGAAUUCAAACCUGUUUCUACCCAUCGACAUCUCGACAAGAACAUCUUUAUAUGCUCCGAGUGAAGCGAGCAUCGAGUGGAGUGUGGUGACAGCCAGCGCUGUCGAUUUCUCUGUGGCCUCCGAUUCCGAAGAACCGAAAACAGCAAGAAGUAGCGAUAGUAAUGGUAGUAUUUGUUGUUAUGGAAAUGUUGUAUCUGGAGAAACAACGAAGAAGAAGAAGAAGAAGAAGGCAAAGAGGUUGUCAAGCAUUCUUAUGGGGUGUAGGAAUGAGAAGGCGGUAGGAGUUGCCGGAGAUGAGUACAGAACAACUACCAAAACGGUGAUUGCCGGCCGUGGCCGGGAGUACCGCGGCCCAGUGGCUGCAAUUCUGCCAUUGAGCGGUGAGGUAGCAGGUUUUAGCGAGAGAACUUUCUCUACCUCCAUCUUGAAUCGCCAACCACAACUGCUAUAUAUCUAAACGAUAUUCAGGGCCAAUCCAGGAAUUGGAGUUGUCAAAAUAGUGAUCCGCCUUGAAUAUAGAAGGAGUAAUUUUUACUUAAUGUAGAAGCAAAGUAAAACCACUCACAGGACUAUCACUCCAUCUGCAAAUGUAUGUUUUAGUUCUAUUUUAUGAUUUUCUAAGAAUAAAAAGAAGGAUUCCCUUGUUUCUAUGGAUUAAGGCAAUGCAUAUUAUGUGUUCAUAGUUUUUGUUGUUUAAGGAUCUUUUUUAUUUACUACUCCGUACUUUGGCUAAAGAACAAUUUAUAAACCCAAU